AUGGCGCCCGCGGUGGUACGACUGACGGUCAUCAUUGGCUGCGGCCUGAUCUCACAGGUUGCAUGCUUGCUGGACGAAAGCAGCGAGGCUGCCGACUGCACGACGGGCUUCCUGCAGUCAGGCCUCCACCUGCAAGUCACGGUGCAACAAGAGGUGAAAGAGGUCACUCCGUCCCCGGCCGGGGUUGCCUUGACACUCCAACAUGCGAAUUGCUCGGGGCGCCCCCCUGUGGACGACCUCCUCCCGCCCUUGAGCUUCCUGGCAGAGGAAAGGGUCUUGCAGGAGUUCGGGCUUGCGGCCUGGCGUGAGCGAUGCCCCGCCCCCUUGGACAAGGCCUCCUUGGUGUCGUUGGGGAUCGAGUCGCAUCGCAUCGCUGACGUCGCGCAGAAGAACCAAUGGGCUUUGUGGAUCGCCUUGGGAUGGCUGGCUCUGGCCCUCGCUCUCAUCGUCUGGUCCUUUGCGCUCGUGGCCAUCGUGCCAGCCAAGGAGAAGGACCGGCGCCUGCUGAAAGAGCCCUUGGCGGAUCAGGAGCGCGCCUACGACGAGGGUGUUUCUCGCUGGAUCGGCCUCUCCUGGCUGGACGAGCUCCAGGGGCGCUACGGCAAGUCCGCUCAUGCGAAGAUGGACGAGAGUGAGUUGUCCUGGAACCGGCAGAGCCUCCGGGACUUUCAGCCGCAUCUGACCAUCCAAAAGCACUGGGACGCCGAGGUCAAAGAGCAUGGCGGCGACAUCGCGAAGGUGUCAUUGGCCAAGGUGAUCUUCAAGUCUUUGGGCGCCAAGACCAUGUUGGCGAUGUGGUUUACAGCCUUCAUGGAGGAGUUCUUGAAUGGCAUUGCGAUGGUGUAUGCUCUCAACAAGUUCCUGACGACGCUGGAAAAUCUGGAGGAGUUGCAGAAAGCCUCGCCGGGCAUUCACUUGAGCUACCUCGAGCCGACGAUCCAAUGCGUCGUUCUGAUCUGGGGAGUGCCUUUCGUCUACCGAAUUUUCUCGAUCUCCGUGGUGCUCAUGGACGGGCACAUCUCGAACUUCGCCACCUCAGGCCUCGCAUCGAUGGUCUUCCAGAAGGCCUUGCAUCUUUCCGCCGGAUCCUCCUCCGAGAAGGGAAGCAAAGACACGAGCCAGCAGGAGAUGCCGAACAUCGUGCAGGUUUUGAACCAGGACAUCAUGGGCGUCUGGACCGACCUGGCCCAACCCAUGGCACGGCUCAUCAACGCUCCCCUGAACAUCGGAAUAUUGCUGGUGAUGCUCAUCAGUGAGGUGAAGGCUGCAGGAUUUGUUGGCUCUCUCUACGUCGUCCCUUUCGUCAUCGUCAUCUUCCUGGUCCUGCAGUGGCGUCUUUCCUGGUAUCGCCGGUAUCAGACUGCCACCGACCGACGCAUCCGGUGGCUGCAGGAGUCGUUGACUCACAUCCGUACGGUCAAGGCCCUCUCUUGGGAGAAGUUGGCCUUCGAGAGGGGCGCAGCGGGCCGCGUCCUGGAGCUGAGUUGCCUCCGUGGCGCCAUGCUGAUCACCGGCAUUCUCACGGCCCUGGGCCCCACCGUCCCCAUUGGUGUGCUGCUGUGCACGAUGCUCUACUUCCUCAAAGUCGAGGGAAACAUCAAGGCGCACCAAAUCAUCGUGGUGUCACGGAUCAUUGGCUCCUUCCUGAACGCCGUGGCCAUCAUCCUCGUGGGGCUCCAGAAGUUCAUCGAGGUUCCCAACGCCUUCGACCGCAUUCGCCGCUUCAUGGCCCAGCCGGACAGGCCGCCAAACGAGGCGCCCCGAGCCAUCCUACCGAGCCCAGUGCAUGCCCUGAAGAUUUCCGGCAGCUUCACCUACACCAAGGAGGAGGCUCCGGUUCUGCGGAACCUGGACAUCACUAUUGGCCGCAAGGAGCUGGCGGAAGCGUCUCUUCUCGAACCUUUGGAUCCUGAAAAGUACUGUAACCAGCGUCUGCUUGCGACAGCAGCUCCGGAUGCCCCGAGAGCGAAGGGGAAGAUCUGCUUCGAAAAGCUUCCUUGCUUGAACCCGUGCUCGCUUGAAGCUCCUUUGUCCGACAUGCACUCGCCGCAGAACCUGCCAGCUGCGCCGGCCGAGCCGACUCCCGAUGAUUCCUGGGCAGACUUCAUUGCUGACACCGUGAUGACCAUGAAGCCUGUCUCCAUGGAUGUGCUCCGAGCUGUGCCGGUGUGCGAUGCCUUGGAGAAUUUCGGUGCCAACCUCCGCAAGCCCUGCGGCAGCCGACACGCGUUGAGCUAUCCCACAACGAAGAUCCGCACCUUUUGGAGCCACAGCUGGCAUGGUCGAGCGUGGAAGAAGUAUGUCACCCUCCUGCUCUUCUACCACGGAGCAGCUGCCCAGAUAGUGGCCAGUAUCGGUGCGGCUUUGGUUUCCUGGCUCUUCAGUUUCGAGAUCCUGCCUCCUCUGUUACAGCCGACAGAAGACGACACCUACUUUCACUGCAUCUGGACGAAACCGGUGGGCUUGGUUCUGUCCUGUGUGGUGCUCUUCUUUUGGCGCAGCUCGGACCCCGUCUUCCUCGACGUGAUCUGCAUAGAUCAACAGGACCAAGCGGAGAAAGCGAAAGGAAUCCUUUCCAUCGGUGCUUUUCUGAAGAGCUCCGACUCCAUGUUGGUUCUUUGGGAUGCAACUUUCUGCGAUCGACUGUGGUGCAUGUUCGAGAUUGCGGCUUUUGCUAGAAGCCGCUCUGAAGGUGAGAAGCCGAUCAUCCUCAUUCGGCCUACGGAACUGACCAUGUGUCAAAUCUCCCAAGCCGUCACGGUCUUGUUUGUGACGAUCGUUAGCGAUUUCGUUCCAUUGAGCGGAGACGAGGGCUUCAUGUGGGCUCUUCAAGCGGUGAAUGCCCUGAUUUUCGGUGCAACUUUCUAUGCCAACAUGGCGAUAUACAGGGACUGCUUUCGUUCCAUGGAGGCUGAUGGAGAUAAGCUGGCCAAGUUUUCUUUGGCCAGUGUCAAGAGCUCUUGCUGCGACGAUAACCAUCAACGUAGUUGUGGACUAUGCGACCGCCAGAUUACCAACAAGUGUAUCACCAGCUGGUGGGGAACCCGGGAGCAGUUCGAGGAAUACGUGCAGACGGAAGUGCGUACGCUACUGCUGCGAGAGCAUGCGAAGCAGUUCUUCACAUACCGUCAGGCCGUCUCAGCCAUGGUUCCGGUUCUUUGGCUAUUCCUAAGCAAAGCCGCAGCUUGGUACAGGUUCACUACUUUCGAUCCGAUUAUGGAGGCCAGCCGAGAAGUGAUAAGGGCCGUGGCAUGGUGGUUGGGGGUGGCUCCCAUGGCACUCUUAGUUGGCACAAGGCUUUGUUACGUAUUCCGUCACAAAUGCAGUUGGGCAUCUGCUGACUUUCUUCUCAAUCUGCCGCCGCUGCUGGGCAGUGUCAUGGUGGUUGUCGCAUCGCAGCAGCUUGAGCAUCUGUGCUCCAUCAUCGACUUCCCUGUAAAGCCUGAAGAGCAUGGACUUGUGCCCAACGUGCUCGUCUUUGCCGCACUUGUGCUCCCUGCGACGAUGGGGCUUUUUGCUUGUUUGGGUGCCAAUCUGAAGCAGCAACCCCGAGCUAAAGGGGUGCCAGCUUGCUGA